AUGCAGAACAAAGAUGAAACUCAAGAGCUUUUAACAAAAUGUCAAAUUGAUUACUAUAAUGGUGAUAAAGAUAUUGUUGCAAAUUUAAAACGUUGUCAAAAAGAAAGAGAUAAAUUCAAGAAAGAUGAAAGUAAUGGGAUGGCUAUGGUCUCGCUUCGUGGAUAA